UUGGAAUUUUUUGUGUGGAAAUGAUGCGCCUUUUAUCCGUAUUUAGUCCGCCAUCUUAUUAAUGUGACGCGUAAGUUGACGAUGUGAAAGGUAACAGGCGUUUUAUAAAAAUUUUAAUUCGAAUACAAUUCAUUUUUAACGGUGAUCUAGUCAAUCGCAACAGUGCCGGAAGAAGUUCAUUCGAGCAAUUUCCAGCAGAAUUGUGUUUCAAACCAUCAACCACAAAACACAUCUCAAUUUGUUCUAAAUUUUGAACUCGAUUCAUAUUUCAUAGAUAGGUACCAGUUGCGCAACUCAAUUUAUGAUUCACGAAUCAAUACUCUGAGUCCAGCAGAUGAGCUAAGGAGGAAAGGAGAACAAAAUUCGAUUCAAUUCCAGCCUAGAACAACAAAACCAAAGUCUAAGCUCAAAAGCCAUGGCUGCUGACGAUAUUUAUAAUUUCGAUGUAGAUCUCGAAGAUGGAGCCGAGAAAAAAGUCACCAAAGGUAAAAGGAAAUCGAUUCGAUUGAGUGAUAUUGCAGAUAUCAAAAUUAAAAAGGAAUUCGGCUGUGAUAAUUGCGACAGGAGCUUCAAUAGUCUAUCGGGAUUGAAACGUCAUAAUAAAGUUUGCGAAAAAAUCAAAGAAGAACUAGAAGAUGCACCUGAUGAAACGAUGGAAGAUGGCAAUAACGAACUAAUGCAAGACGGUCAGAAUAAUUCGAUGGCGAAUGAUAUUUACAUCCUGCCCUCUGGAAUUAAUAUCGAUCAAAAUAGUACCAAAAAUGACGUUGAAUUGGGCAUGAGCACCUUUAUAAACAGUAACGGUAUCAACUCGUUUAUACAACCUGGAAAAUGUGAUUGUUGCGGAGAAAACUCUGAUACAGCUCAUACGGAAGGAGAAUUCAGCUGCGAAGAAUGUAUGUAUUUGUUCACCAGCGACGCGGCUCGACUACGACAUCGCAUUCUGAUUCACGAAGAAGGAGAUACGUACAACUGCAGUAAAUGCGAUGUGAAAUGUCCCGAUAAAAAAAUGCUACGGUUUCAUUUGCGAAUCCAUAAUCCAAAUUUCAAACCUGUCUCGUGUCCCGUUUGUAAUAAAGAAUUCAGUAGGAAGUAUCAUUUAGUUCGUCACAAUAUGCAAACAGGUUGCGAUGGCUCGGAAAGACCUACUUUUCCUUGUCAGGUUUGCCAACGUGUUUUUACAAGAAAAGAUAAUCUGCGCGAGCAUCUUCGUGCCCAUGCCGGUCAAACGAAACGUAAACAGAAGUACACAUGCGAGUAUUGUUCUCAGGAGUUCGCAGGAAUGUUCGUGUUGAAUCAGCACAAGAAACUUCAUUUGGGCGAUAAGCCGCACGCUUGCGAUUUAUGCGAGAAGAAGUUCUCAACCAGUGGAGCUUUGAAAAAACAUCGCCGUAAGCAUACCGGAGAAAGACCCUACGAAUGUAAACAGUGCUUCGCCAAGUUUGCGGCCAAAGAAACGCUCAAUCGUCAUACACGGAUCCAUACCGGUGUUAAACCGCAUACGUGCUUGUUUUGCGGUAAAAGUUUCAUUCAAGCUACGCAACUGCGAGCUCAUAUCUUCCAUCAUACUGGAGAGAAUGGGUACACUUGCGAACACUGUGGAAAAGCUUUUAAUAGGAGGACACGUUUGGAUUUGCAUAUAAAGUUCGUUCACGAAAACGCCAAACCGUUCGAUUGUGAGAAAUGUGGCAAAUCGUUCAUUCGUAAAGAAGAUUUAGCUCGACAUGAUGUGCUGCAUUCCGGCGUUAAAGCUCACAAAUGUCCAAUUUGUGAUAAAGGAUUCGCUAUGAAGUCAUCGUUGAAGAUACAUCUUCUAACUCAUACCAAGGAGCCUCCUCGUUCUUGCGACGAAUGUGGUCGCGCGUUCAUACGUCAAGAUUGCUUGUUACGUCAUAUGCGAACCAAGCAUCGCGAAAUGCUCGAAGAAAUCAUGGCCGAAGCCGAGAAGAAGAAACUGCAAGCUCAGCUUUUGGCAGUCGCCGCAGCCAGCACGAAUGACGAAGAAGCCGAAACACCCGAGAACUCUGAAUUCCAUACGUAUCUGCCAGAUGACGCUUUGACCGAGUCUAUUGGUGAAUUGUUAACCAUGUUGGUAGACGAAGCUACCCUUAAAUCUUUCGGCUGGCCUACUGCUUCGGUUGAUAAAUUAUUGGAAGCCGUGAUUAAGAGAUGUGGUCAUGCUCCGGCCACUCCGGACGACUUACCGUAUCCGGACUGUUUGAGGGAGAAUGCCAAAUUAUUAUUUACAGUCGUUAUCGACGAUUCGGCUGUGAAAACGUUGUUGAAUAAUCAAACCGUCGACGAAGUUAUUCUACACGUUUUGAAAUUGGCUAAAACGUGAUUUACUAAAGUUAAUGUGUGGGAUACCAAAAGCUCGAAAUACGAUGUCGGUGUAUUAAUACUAUUUUGUUUUUAGUGUUCACGAAUUAACUAUCUUUUUAUUAAUUUUACUCUGCAUGGUAAUGAUUUAAUCGAAGUUAUGUAUCAUUUAUUACGAUUUAAAUGAACCUAUUAUAUUUUUAAGUUGAUUUAUAUGUAUAAUUUGUUUAUUAAGUUUUAUUGUUAUUCGACUUAAAUUCUUCCGAUAUUAUUUUUUAUGUAUUAACGAAUUCGCAAGUAAUUCUACUUGUUUAUCACUCAUCGUUUCAGUUAUUUUAUUUUAUGUGAUGAAUCGUAAUAAUGUUGUUAGGCAUGAUGAAGUUCUAGGCAAUAGAUGAGCUUUUUAAUUUUUACUAUAUUAAUGUUCUGAAACGAAUUCCAUUGUUUUUUUUUCAAUCUUUGUUCAAAUUUAUUUUUUUUAUCGGGUGUUUUAUUUCAUGAUACAUUUUACGAAUUUUUCAAUAAAGUUUUAAUUUAUGUAUGCACAUUUAUAAGAGUAAAAUGGUUAAAAAAUCGAAUAAACAUGUUGGUAAUAUCA